AUGUAAUUGGGCCCGUUAAAUAAUCGUGGUCUCUUCAGGGGCUUUACCUAGCUGGAUCUGGCCGGACUAGUAAUACCAGAUAAGAUCGGUUUCCAUAGAGGAAGAUAAAGAAAAAAAAAUCCUGCUGUCCAUAAUUUGGCUGUAGGGUUGUUUCUCUCUCUUCCCCUCCUACGAAGGUCCCCAAGACGAAAGGCUGUCGAAUUGUUCUGGCAUUCUAUCAGAUCGCUGGUCCUGCGAUAGCCACUUCAGCUGUGCUGAUAUUAUACCCUCUUAUCGACAAGAAUUAGAUCUUGUCGCUAUGUUGACCGUCACUCAGGUCGAGAGAGCCGAGCCGAGGUCUCGGCCGGCGAAGGCGAAUGUUAAGCCGAAGCAGCAGCAGGAGUUUCCCGACAUCAACACGAUUCGGAAGGCUAUUCCUGCGCACUGCUUCGAGCCCUCGACCCUAAGGUCGCUCUCCUACGUUGCCCGUGACGUAGCAAUGGCUGCUGGGCUCGUGUACGGAGCCCUGACCUACAUCCCGACGGUGGCUGACCCCGUCUACCGGGCGCUGCUGUGGACUGCGUAUGGGUUUCUGCAAGGCCUCGUGUGCGUCGGCAUCUGGAUUCUGGCGCACGAAUGCGGCCACGGAGCCUUCUCGGUCCACCGGCGCCUGAAUGAUUUCGUCGGCUGGGUCCUGCACUCGGCGCUCCUCGUGCCCUUCUUCUCGUGGAAGUUCUCUCACGCCCGGCACCACCGCUUCACCGGCCAUAUGCAGAAGGACAUGGCGUUCGUGCCUAGGACAUCGCCGUCUUACUUCGUCGAGAAGCUAGGCAAGGCCUUGAGCUCCUUUGUCGACGCCGAGGUUUUGGAGGACGCGCCCAUUAUCAACCUCAUUCGCCUAUUGGGCCAGCAGCUAGGAGGCUGGCAGGUGUAUCUGCUCAUCAACGCCACGGCCGGCGAUGACAGCCUUCAGAACAAGGACUCCAAAUGGUGGAGGCGCAGCCAUUUUGACCCUUUCAGCGGAGUCUUCCGCCCCCAGGAAGCCUUGUAUAUUUUCCUCUCGGAUGUUGGCCUCGCCCUCACUCUCGUCGGCCUCUAUUUUGCUUCGAUGGCCUUGGACUGGCAGACCGUGUUCCUGCUCUACGGAGUUCCGUAUUUUUGGAUCAACCACUGGCUGGUUGCCAUUACGUAUCUCCACCACACGCAUCAAGACGUUCCCCACUACGACGGCGAGCGGUGGACAUUUGUGUCAGGGGCGCUCGCGACUGUCGAUCGUGACUUUGGCUUCGUCGGCCGCCACAUUUUCCACGGCAUCAUCGAUACCCAUGUCGUCCACCAUCUUUUCUCUCGAAUCCCGUUCUAUCAUGCAGAAGAAGCCACGAAGGCUAUCAAGCCUCUUCUUGGCGAUCUCUACCACAGCGAUGAAAGCUCCUUCGUCGGAAGCUUGUGGGAGACGUCUUGCUCCUGCCAGUACGUGGAGAUGGACCCCAAGGAUCCCGGCGUUAUGAGGUGGGCCAAGUAGUCCGGCCCUUCUGAUUUCGUCUCCUUUGCAUGCUCAUGUUGAUGGACGGCCAAUUAUAUAUACAUUUACCGUACUUAGAAUCUCGUGAUAGCUUAUCGUAUCCGGCAUAGAAAAGCCAUAGAUAUCAUACAGGUUAGAGAAGAGGAAUCAAGACCUCUGCAUCCCUAAUCAGGGAGCAUUAUCCAUUGCCCUUUUUUAUCGGGCAUACACUACUGACUCGUCGUUGCUCUUAGUCGUCUGCGAUGAACUUGUAGAAUCAAAAGUUGUUUCCUCUUCUACCCUAC